GUUUUGUCCUCCAUUUGAGAUUCGCCACAGUUGAGUGCCCCUCUACAAAUUUUGGUAUGGGGCACCUAAGGAACAAGCUACACCACUGACCGUACUAUAUAGCGUGAGUGCGUGUCCUUUUAUUAUCAUUCAUCGUGAAUAUCGUAACCACCGAUCACGCUCACUGUUAAAAAUAGAAUUUUUCCAAGGUAUUAUUAUUCCGAAAUACAUUUGGCUAUAAUUCCUGAAAAUAUCAAAAAUAUCAGUUUGUGUAAUUCGUAGAAUUGCAAAAAAUCGCAAUGCCUGUGGCUCUGAGACGAAAACGAAAGUACAGUGGUUGUUGCUGUAGUAAACGGAGUAGUAGCGCCAGUGAUGUGUAUCAACAAAACAAAAACACCCAAUGUCAACAAUGCAAGGAUGGCACCGAACCAGAAGAGUGGAAAAACGGAGCUAUACCAACAGCCUUCUCGGAGGACUUGCCACGCCCAUUGACUCCUGGAUGUUGCAUUCGACUUAGAGGAUUCGUUCAACCAACUUGUUCUAGAUUCUCAGUGAAUCUUAGAUGUGGGAAGGAUUCCGAUAGUGACAUUGCAUUGCAUGUCAAUCCAAGGCUAUCACAAAGAUAUGUAGUGAGGAAUAGCUUGUUAGGCAACCGAUGGGGCAUAGAAGAAACCACUUGCAUUUCAAAACCGAAGCUCUCCAGGAAUCAGCCUUUUGAAAUGGAUAUUUUAUGCAGUGAAAGCAUGUUUUUUGUCAGUAUCAAUGGCAAACAUGUAUGUGCCUUCGUUUACCGAGUGCUUCUAGCAAAAGUCAAAAACAUCCAGGUAGUAGGUUACGUAAAAGUAUCUGACGUAGAAUAUACCACAUUGGAUGUGUAUCCGCAGUCUUCACCAAAGAACGAAUUUUACACUGUACCCGUUAUAGAAGAACCUGUAGUCUCGACUGAAAAUACUCUGGAAGUCCCACUUACUGCAAAGCUACCCACAGGUCUUAAACUAGGACAGCAAUUAGAAAUCCAUGGUAAAGUGAAGAUUUUGCCCAGUUCCUUUUUUAUUAAUUUGCAAGAAGGAACGCAUAUGUGGCCUCAUCCACCGGUCCAUCUACAUCUCAACCCCAGAUUCAACACGACUAGUGUAGGUAAAUACAUGUUCGUCCGGAACGCUUGGACAAAUGGCGAUUGGGGACUUGAAGAACGUUGUCCUGGAGUCCACUUUUCACCUGGAUCUGAAUUUGUAGUCGUCAUUCGUAGAGGGAACAAUCACUUCGCAGUAUGGAUAGACGGAAAAUUGGCGGGAGAAUUCAAGUUUAGAGCCGACGCUGACAAAGUAAACGCAUUGUACAUCCAAGGUGACGUCACCAUCAAGGCUGUGUGCUUGAGAACUAAGGCGACAGAUGCGUGCUUCACGAAGAAACCGAAACGUUUCGCUUUAUAGAUCUAUAUUAGAAAGAAAUUUGUAUUUUGAGCAUUGCGCAGUUUAAAUUUACGUGCGUAAUUAAAGGCUGUCUCAAUAAGAGCGCCGGAUUUGAUUUUCAAGAAAACAGAAUUUCUUUUCGAAUUAAGCGAGAAUUUAUAUUUCAACAUGAAGAGGAACGGUUGCGAUUAAACAUGAAAUAGGACAUCCGGUAAAUCGUCGCCUGAAUGCAGAACUAUUGUAUGUCCAAAUCCUUAAUUUUUCGGAUUUUAACACGACGUUGUAGCUAAUAGUCACCUGCAUUGCAUGCAGAGGUAUUGUAAGUCCCUGCGCAAGCGUCUCCCCACCACUGGUCUUAAACGAUAUUUGGCGUAAUAUCUUGAGGCACGUCACUUCGCUGCAGAACUAUGAUAAGAGCAGUUGCUCACUUACAGAACUACUGUGAGUCCAAUGUCAUCAAAAAAAAUUAUAAGUCCACUUCACGGACUCUCAGAAAUGUUAGGCAAGUCCGCCAAUUGAUUCUUGUUUAAUCAAUCUUGUUGCUUUGUGACUUAGAAUACUUCUGAAUUCAAGCGACGAAAUGGCCACAGCGAAACCUCUGGCCAGUCUUUUCUUAAAAUUCUGGAUAGCGUUUUCGCACAACUGUUGCCCUAUUUCGUCGAUAACGUGCCGUAUCUCUUAUUUAAGGCGUUCAACUGUUUGUGGCUUGUUCGAAUGCACCUUUUCCUUCACAUAGCCCCAGAGGAAGAAGUCCAUUGGCGUUAGAUCGUACGAUCUUGGUGGCCAGUUUUGAUCGCCAAACCGAGAGAUGAUCGGUCUGGAAACUUGGUCCGCAGGAACACCAUUGUUUCGCGUGCUGUGUGGCAGGUCGCACCGUCUUGUUGGAAGAACAUAUCCUCGACAUCAAUUCGAUCCAACUUCGAAACAGAGAAAACAGCAUCAAUUUGGUGGUGCUCCAGCGCCCAAUCAACUAAAUUCACGGCGCUGUGAAAGGUCCGUUGGCUUGAGUUCUUGCGUCAGUUGAACCUUGUACGCAUGCAAGCACAGAUCUUUUGUAAAAAUCCGUUGCAGAGUGCGACUGGUAAGGUUCAAUUCUUGGCCACGAUGCAGAAUUGAAAGUGCCUGGACUCUCGGACGCAAUGCAACUAUAUUUUCGAGGGACCGACCAGGACGGCGACGAACAGUGGUCUUCACACUCAGCAACGUAAAUUUUGUCUCAAAUUUUGAAAUUAAACGGCAAACUGUCGACUCACUUGGCGCAAUAUUGCUAUCGAACAUUUUACAUAAUUUUCUCCAUUUUUUUUAGAGUUUUCAUAAUAAACGUUGCUCGUUUGAGACUGCUCCAUGACAUCUCAUCGCGUGGUCUGGACAUGACAGUUGUCACCAACUAAAUACCAUACCAUUUGUACAAAAAAAUGGCGGCAAAUUCAAAUCCGGCGCUUUUGUUGAGACACCCUUUACAUGCUUUAAUUAUGAGCUUUUACCGAAAAAUGAUUUGCUGAUGAUGAAUUCUGAAAAUUGACUUAGAAUUGUAUUGUAAUGAAUACGACUAACUUUUUCUCGUUCGAUGUCACUGUAACAUAUUGAAUGUUUCAAAUAUAAUAAACAUUAUGUAUGAGUAAUUAUAGUGUGAAAAUUAAAUUUCUUCAAUUUUUAGAACAAUUUAGGCUUGUAUUUUAAACCGCUGACAUUAUAAUAAAACCUGUUGUGAUGAAAUUCAAAGGUUCCGACGCGCAGCGGCAAAUAUAGAUUAAUGUGAAAUUUUAUUUUUAUACUUAAUAUUUAUUAAUAGCUUAUUAUUCUUUAAAAUUUUUCACAUUUUAUUCUCGAAGAAAAAUCUUAUUCUAGAUUGAAACGACAACCAUCGGUCGAUCUUUUGAUCUUAUUUUUAUUUAGUGUUAUAUUAUUUUGGAGUGUCUUUUGGACAAUUCUGACUAAAAUCUAUGUCUAUUUGUUAUUUGUGUCGCAAUAUAGCCUUUGGGCGAAUUUGUUUUAUAUGAGCGAAUAAACAAUUUUAUAUACAA